GAAAUCUGCUGGAAAUUGGCAUCGGAUCCGAGACUGAGACAAAAGAGAAGAGAACAUCGACUUGACCAACACACGAUCGAUUUGGGGCAUCCGCUUAUUGAGGUUGUGUUCCCUACACACCUCCUCGCCGAUUCUGAUGCUUUCUUUGCUCUGAAAUCUAAAGAGCUCUCUAAGUUGUAGUCAUUAUUAGAGUGUGGAACUUAUUUGUUUUUACACACUAAAGGGCCUCAUGUCAAACGUAGAGGAUAACAAAGAACAACGACAAAUGGAUGUCAACGCAUCUAAUGAGUCGAGUAACAUGCCGUCAUCCCAGAAGCAGGAGGAAGCUAUAAAGAAAAAAUAUGGAGGAAUGAUGCCCAAAAAGCCACCUCUCAUAUCUAAGGACCAUGAGCGCGCUUACUUUGAUUCCGCUGAUUGGGCACUUGGAAAGCAAGGUGGCGAGAAGCCUAAGGGACCACUUGAAGCACUUAGACCUAAACUACAGCCAACACAACAACAAACACGCUACCGGAAAUCUCCUUAUGCUCCUGAAGGAGAAGAAGGGGGAAGCGUUCCACCAGAGGAUUCUCCAUCCAACGAGUAAAAGCAGCAAAUCAGUCUUUUCAUGAUGUGCUGACAAUCAUUGUUCUGAUACCUGUGUAGGUAUGACCUUUCGUUGUUUUUCAACAAUAAAGGAAAGUUGAAUUUGUGUAUUCAUAUAUUAGCAAAAGACCAAUGAUUUGAACUUGCAGCUAUAUGCUGUAAAAGACUUAUUGGGAUUAUGAUUCGUGUUUGCCUCUUCUUUUUCACCCUUAUCUUCAUUGUUUUUUUUCCCCUCCUGGAAGAUAAAAGGCGAUAAAUUAUUAAUAGUAAAAAUUAAAGAAAAAGAGUGAUCCUCUCGUCGUGUCGUUGGCCUUUUUUGUUUUUGGCAAAAAUGGUGUACAGAUUUUAAAUUAAGAACUUAUUGUGAUAUGCACAAUUGCAUCAUGUAAUUUAUGUA